AUGUCGAAGCUGGUGAAGUACAUGCAAAGUGCGAUACUGACAUUCUAUCAGCGAUCCCGCCCCACCGCGGGCCAAGGCAGUCACCAUGGCUAUCACGAUUCCGUCCUCAGCACACCAGCUUCACACACUCGAGAGCAGCCCAAAUACAACAGCGACGACGAUGGCUCCUCUUCCAUGGUUUCCGAGCCAGGCAGCCCUCAAGACAUAUCCAUGUCAUCGGACGACGACAUGAACGGCGACACUUUCUCGCAAUCGCCCGAAGAUAGCUUCAUCAUGAGUCGCCCGCGUCCUUCCAACUCCAGCCCAUGGGCACAGAGAUUGCAGACAAAUCGUGUUCCGACUCCGAUCGUGCCUAUGAGACCGGGCGGAUCACCCUACCGCAUCGGACCACGCCAACACGUACGACAACGCCACCCUCAAGAGUUCAGCUCCGACCACCUAGAUGUUCCCUCACCCAUUGACGAAGAUGAGGUUCCGACUCCCCCAUCAGCAGCCGAAGCGGCAGGCUCUCAACUUAGCAUGUUGACAGUUAGUGACGUCGACAUGCAAGAGAGCGACGACGUGCCCACCGUAAACGUCCAUCCCGUCAGACCACUGAGUCGAAACACCAAUCUCGACAUGUACGAAUCUGCCGUCGAAAGCGAACCCAUGGACAGCGGACCGGAGACCAUCGUUGUUAGGAAGCAGCGACAACGAAGCGGUGCGCUGAGUAGUGGCAACUCUCCCGUGCGGGCGGGACCAAGUCAGCCGCCUGCUCCUCGAAAAGGGUUCAGUAUGGGAUUCCGAGCAGAUUGUGAGAAGUGCAGGCUGAGAGUGCCUGGGCACAUGAACCAUCUUAUCUAG